UUCAUAAGUAGAGGAUGAGGUCAAAGAUGAAGUCCUCAUUUCCCUUUGUGAGUCAAGUGACACUUGCAGAGAUGUGUUGGUUGGGAAGAACAAUAAUGGAGAAACCGCCAUUGGGAUCAACUACAAACUACCUGAGCUGUUAACAAUAAGUUUUACUACAGGAAAUAUGAAGAACAUGAGACCUGUCAAGCAGGAAGAAAGAAUGAGUACUACAGGGACACAGCAAGAUUGUAAAGAUGAUACCAAAGUGUCUAAUAGAUAUCUCGGUGCAGAUGAGGCUACCAUUGGUAUCGAUGAAUCGAGAACUGUAAGGUUUAAAAAUAACCUCUUUGUGGCUAUAGAAGAGCUGCGGAUUCAGCGGACCCUGGACGUGGAGAACGAGGAGAAAAUCAAGACCCUCAUGACUGAAAAGCAUGAAGUGGAGCGCAUGAAGGAAGAACAAAUUGUCAAAAAUAACGCUCUACUUGAGCAACAAACCCAGAUAGAAAUUGACUUGAAAAAGCAGCAAGAAGAUCGGCUAUUACAUUAUGAAGAAGAAAAG